AUGGACAGUUAUCAAAAUUUCUAUGGAUUUCUGUUCAGGAAAUUGAAUGAUAAACCAUUCACCUUGGUGAAAUAUGGCAUGUGAUAAAUUGAAAGAAAACUAUGAUAAAGCUCAGCGAAUAUACAGGUACUUCUUCAGCGAAGAGAGAAAUAUCUAUCCAUUCUACAUUCCUGCACUUAUAUAUAUAUUUUUUCUUCUGCUACAUGCAUUAUGGGAUAACAUUCCAGAUUACUGGAAUAGUGUGUACAAGCAACCAUCCUUUCCAGAGGUACCACCACCAAUGUUAGAAUACUCCAGUGCUCAAUACCCUAAUGAUAUCACAGUUGUGACAGCUUAUUUUAACCUAGGAGAUUUUCAGAAGGGUCCUAUUAAUAUCUUUACACGAGACAUGUAUAAGCACUGGAUGUCUGCCUAUUCUAAACUGAACAACAGUGUCAUUGCAUUCACUGAUUCUGAGGAUAUAGCCAAACUUUUCAGAGAGGAAAGGACUAAACAUUUUGCGGAAACAUUAACCCAAGUCCAUGUUGUGAAACGAGAUGACUUUUGGGCAUUUAAACUUGCUCCUAAAAUCAAAGAUAUAUACUCAGAGCCAGAUUAUCCAAAAUUUCCGCCAAACACUGUGAACGAGUAUUACUCUUGUGCAAUGCAUAUAAAGUAUGAACUUCUAGAAAUUGUGAUAAAGAGAAAGCUCCACAAGACCAGAUACUUAUCAUGGGUUGAUAUAGGUUACUUUCGGGAGAAAAUGAAUAAGAUUUACAAACUUGAGCCCCCAGAUAAUUUGAAGGAGGGCCAUAUUGCAUAUACUCAGAUUCGUCCAUUUUAUGAGUAUAUGCAGCCAGAAGAUGUAAUCAAGACUAAUGCUGUGUGGAUAGCUGGAGGAUUUAUCUUGGGAAAACCAGAGUACCUCAUGAUUAUGAUUGAAGAUUACAAAAAAGCUGUGGAGGACUUGAUUUCUAAACGCUUGAUGGACACCGAUCAACAAGUCCUAUAUAUUCUGUAUUCUCAAUACUCAGAUGUCAAACCUAGGGUUCCAGUUCAAACAAUUUACCACCUGUGCAGGUGUAACUGGUUUUUCCUUGGUGAGCUCUGUCGUGAUACAUAUGACAGACAAUUUAGACCAUUUUUUCCUUUGCUUAAUUUCUUAUCUUACUUAGUGUAACUUCGCCUGUUUUAUAAAAUUUGUGUCCUCAACAACCUUGGUGCAAUUCAAAGAUCAGACUCUCUUUGGUUUUAAUUCCUAUGUAUUUUUUUUAAAGUUAUAACAAAUGUUUUAAAAGAUACCAGAAUAUAUAACUAUACAUAUCAGACCUGUGAUCGUACUGCAUACUGAGCAGACAUGUUCAUGCAUAAUAUGAUUCCAAGAUGACCUUGUGACAGGGAAUUUACCCUCCUUUGUUGUACAUGUUUUCUGAAGCUAAGGUUGAACUUUUAUUUUAAUAUAUUUUAAAAUGGAUGAAUUAGUCAGAUUGAAAUUUGAAUUUUUAUUAACACUGUCACUGUAAGUGUAAAAGCAAUCAAGAUACUUGUUUGAGACAAUCAUAUAUUUAGAAAUGAUAGGGAAGAGAUGAUAUGGAAGCCUAUACAACUUCUUGUAUAUGUUGUUAUGUGCUCAUUUUGUUUUAACAUUCCUUUUUAUCUAAUUUAUUUCUUAAUAUCUGUAAUACUAAUCAGGCAAUGGGUACUUCCUUAUAUUUUACACUUGGGUAUAAUUGUAUAAAUGUUGUGAUAUGUG